UCUCUAUUCAUUCAGUCAUUUUCGAAACGUUGAUUUUUAAACAAAGACCCAACAUCAUGGCAGAUAUAACAACAUACUUACUUUACCUUAUAAUUAUCGUAGUUUCGGUAGCAUUAUAUUUUAUUAAACGCAAUCUUAAUUAUUGGAAAGAUCAGGCGAUACCACACGAAGAACCACAUUUCUUAUGGGGCAACUUAAAGGGUUUACGCACCAAAUAUCAUAUUGGAGAAAUAACAGCAAAUUAUUAUAGAAAAUUUAAGGGCAGCGGUCCAUUUGCUGGUUUACUUUUUAUGCAGCGUCCCGGUGUAGUGCUACUGGAUAAAACUCUUAUAAAAAAUGUGCUCAUUAAAGAUUUCAACAAUUUUACCGAUCGUGGUUUGUACUAUAAUGAGAAAACGGAUCCUUUGUCGGGACAUUUAUUUCUAAUAGAUGGUCAAAAGUGGAAAAUUUUAAGAAAUAAACUCUCACCCACUUUUACUUCGGGCAAAAUGAAAUAUAUGUAUCCAACUUUGUUAAAAGUAACCGAUCAACUUAUUAGCGUUAUAAGAGAGAAAAUACGCAAGGAUCCUAUUGUUAAUAUACACGAUAUCUUGGGACGUUAUACCAGCGACAUUAUAAGCAGUUGUGCUUUUGGUAUUGAGUGCAAUAGUUUGGGUAAUCCUAAUUCAGAAUUUCCCCGCAUGGGUAAGAAGUCCAUAAAUGAACAGAGACACAAUGCUAUUGUCAUGGCGUUGAUAGAAAAUUUCCCACAUUUGGCCCGUAAGCUAGGCAUGCGUAUAUUUCCCGAAGAUGUUCAUCAAUUCUUUAUGAGAACCGUGAAGGAUACUAUAGCCUAUAGAGAAGAACAUAAAAUACAAAGAAAUGAUUUCUUAAAUAUUUUACUUGAAAUGAAAAAUAAUGAAAAUGAUAAAUCUGGUUUGGUUGGUCUAAGUGUAGAAGAGAUUUGUGCUCAAGUAUUUGUUUUCUUUUUGGGUGGAUUUGAGACCUCAUCUUCAACUAUGACAUAUGCUUUAUAUGAAUUAGCUCAGCAGCCGGAAUUGCAAGAACGCUUAAGACAAGAGGUUAAUGAGAUAUUUGAAAAUAGUUCAGAUGGUAAAAUAACAUAUGAAGAUCUUAAAAAUAUGAGCUAUUUACAUCAAGUGAUAUCGGAGACUUUGCGCAAACAUCCCGUUGUAGCCCAGCUGCAUAGACAGUCUCUUAAUGAUUAUGUAGUCCCUGGCUUUCCCCAAUAUGUGAUUAAGAAAGGCAUGCCUAUUUUAAUACCAGUAUUGGGUCUACAACAUGAUCCCGAACUAUUUCCCCAACCAGAAAUAUUCGAUCCUGAACGUUUUACACCCAAAAUGAUUAAACAACGUGAUUCUGUGGACUAUAUGCCAUUUGGUGAUGGCCCGCGCAAUUGUAUUGGUGAACGUUUUGGACAAAUGCAAACACGUUUAGGUUUAGUUUAUUUAAUAAGAAAUUUCCAAUUCUUCACUUGUCCCCAGACUGAAAUACCUCUAGUUAUUGAUCCAAAAGCUAUGGCAUAUGUACCGAAAAAUAUUGUUUAUCUAAAACUAGAGGAAAUAAGUUUUUCGGUGGCAUUAUAUUUUAUUAAGCGUAAUCUAAAUUAUUGGAAAGACCGCGAUAUACCACACGAAGAACCUCACCUUAUUUGGGGUAAUUUAAAGGGUUUACGCACCCAAUAUCACAUUGGAGAAAUAGCAGCAAAUUAUUAUAGAAAAUUUAAGGGCAGCGGUCCAUUUGCGGGUUUACUUUUUGUACAACGUCCAGGAAUAGUGCUGCUGGAUAAAACUCUUAUUAAAAAUGUACUCAUUAAAGAUUUUAAUAAUUUCACCGAUCGUGGUAUGUACUAUAAUGAGAAAGCUGAUCCUUUAACCGGUCAUUUAUUUUUUGUCGAUGGCCAAAAAUGGAAAAGUUUAAGAAAUAAAUUAUCACCCACUUUUACUUCGGGCAAAAUGAAAUAUAUGUAUCCAACUUUAUUAAAAGUGACCGAUCAAUUUAUUCAUGUAAUGAGAGAAACAGUUAUGAUGGAUCCUAUUAUCAAUAUACAAGAUAUGUUGGGACGUUAUACUACCGACAUAAUCAGCAGCUGUGCUUUUGGCAUUGAAUGCAAUAGUUUGAUUAAUCCUAAUUCGGAAUUUCCCCGCAUGGGUAAGAAAGCUAUGAGGGAACAGAGACAUAAUGCCGCAAUCAUGGCAUUGAUUGAAAAUUUUCCUAGUUUAGCGCGUAAACUCGGCAUGCGAAUAUUCCCCGAAGAUGUUCAUCAAUUCUUUAUGAGAACUGUCAAAGAAACUAUUACCUAUAGAGAAGAACAUAAAAUACAAAGAAAUGAUUUUCUGAAUAUAUUAAUUGAAAUGAAAAAUAAUGAAAAUGAUAAAUCUGGUUUGGGUGGCCUAAGUGUAGAAGAGAUUUGUGCUCAAGUAUUUGUUUUCUUUUUGGGAGGUUUUGAUACUUCUUCAGCAACCAUAACUUAUGCUUUAUAUGAACUGGCUCAACAGCCUACUUUACAGAAACGUUUAAGGCAGGAGAUUAAUCAGGUAUUCGAAAAUAACGAUGAUAACCAAAUAGCAUAUGAUGAUCUGAAAGAUUUGAAAUAUUUACUACAAGUAUUAGCGGAAACACUGCGUAAAUACCCUAGUGGUCCAUUACUUUUUCGCAAGGCUUUAAGUGAUUACAUAGUUCCCGGUUAUCCUAAGUAUGUGAUUAAAAAGGAUAUGCCGAUUUUAAUACCCGUACUAGGUUUACAUAAUGAUCCAGAAUUCUAUCCUAAACCUCAAGAAUUUGAUCCUGAACGUUUUGCCCCCGAAAAAGCCAAACAACGUGACUCUAUGGAGUAUUUGCCCUUUGGAGAUGGUCCCCGCAAUUGUAUUGGCGAACGUUUUGGUCAAAUGCAAACACGUUUAGGUUUAGCUUAUUUAAUAAGAAAUUUUCAUUUCUCAACGUGUCCUCAAACUGAAAUACCCAUUACAUCUGAUCCGAAAUCUUUUACAUAUUUACCGAAAAAUGUGGUUUAUUUAAAGGUGGAGGAAAAUUCAAGCGCGCAAAAAAUGUUUAUAAUAUUUGGCAGUUUAGUGUUUUGUUUAAUAAACAUUUUCAUAUUCUUUCUUUACAAUCGCUACACCUAUUGGAAAAGACGUGGGGUCUUAUAUGAGACACCUGUACCGCCCUUUGGAAAUUUCCAGGGAUUUGGCAAGACUAAACAUAUCAGUGAUAUUCUUGAUAAACUAUAUAGAAAAUUUAAAGGCAAAGCACAAUUUUGUGGAGUUUAUUUUUUGCUAUCUAGAUCAGCAGUUUUACUUGAUUUAGAUUUAAUUAAAAAUAUCUUAAUCAAGGACUUUGGCAGUUUUCAUGAUCGUCAUGCUUUUCAUAAUGUGAAAGAAGAUCCUCUAACAGGGCAUUUGGUAAAUUUGGAGGGAGAGGAAUGGCGUGUCAUGAGAGCAAAACUAACACCGGUAUUUACUUCAGCCAAAAUGAAAUAUAUGUUUCACACAGUGGUGGCAGUGGGUAAGAAUUUUUCCGAGACUUUGAAAGCAGAGUUAGCCAACAGCCCGGAUCAGGUUUUGGAAAUUAAAGAUCUUUGUACCAGAUUUACCACUGAUGUCAUAGGAUCCUGUGCCUUUGGUAUAGAGUGCAAUAGUCUCAAAGAUCCUAAUGGUGAAUUUUCGAUUAAAGGCCGCCGAAUAUUCACUGAGACUCGUCAUAAUCAUUUAGUACAAUUAUUUAUGCUAAUACAUCCCGAGGCGGCGCGUCAAUUAAAUAUGAAAUUCUUUACCGAUGAGAUCAGCAAUUUUUUUAUAAAUCUUGUUAAACAAACUGUAGACUAUCGUUUAGAAAAUAAUAUCAAACGUAAUGAUUUCAUAGAUUUAUUGAUAGAAUUAAAAAGUAAAACUGACAAUUUAGAAAAUAAAGCUCACAGCAUAGAUUUGUCACAAGGUUUGACCAUUGAGCAAAUGGCAGCACAGACGUUCGUAUUUUUCCUAGCUGGCUUUGAAACAUCCUCGACCACCAUAUCAUUUUGUCUCUACGAAUUAGCCAAACAUAUCGAAAUACAAGAAAAAUUAAGACAAGAAAUUUUGCAAACAAUCAAAGAAAGCAACAAUGUUAUUACGUAUGAAGGCAUAAAUUCCAUGUUAUAUUUGGAACAAGUUAUAUCAGAAACACUACGGCUUUAUCCCGUUUUAAGCAAUUUGGUGCGCUAUACCAAUGCUGACUAUCGAGUACCCAAUACAGACUUAGUGCUAGAAAAAGGCAUCGGCAUUGUUAUACCCAUCUCUGGAAUACACACUGAUCCUGAAUAUUAUGAAGACCCUAUGAAAUUUAAUCCUGAUCGUUUUUUGCCCGAGGAAAUAGAAAAACGUCAUAGUGCUGCCUAUUUACCCUUUGGUAUUGGUCCACGCCACUGUAUUGGUGCUCGUUUUGCUAAAAUGCAAAUUAAAUUGGGUUUAAUUUUUACACUUCGCCACUAUCGUGUUGAGUGUUGUGAUCGUACUGAAAUUCCUAUAGUAUUGGAUAAGAAAAAUUUAAUGUUGGCCCCGAAAAAUGGAGUCUAUUUGAAAAUGGUUGAAGUCUGAGUUAUUUCAUGAAAUAGUCUGAGUUGUACAGAAAAAUUUAAUUAAACUAAGAUUAAAUAAAUUAAAAUAUUACACUAAA